AUGCUCGGCGCCGGCAAGUUCGGGACCCCGGCGCAGGACCUCGACGACCUGACGACUCACUUCUACGCGGCCAGGAAGCACGGGGAACCCCACCGCGUGCUCGUCGAGGCGCAGCCGGAGAACGAGAACGGGAGCGAGAACGAUCCGAAGAACUACGCGACGUUCGAUUUCAACAAGAUCUUGAAAGACGAAGGAGGUGAAGAAGAGAAGCCAGAUCCGAACAAGCCGUACACGCUGGGGCCGAAGAUUUCCGAUUGGGACGAACAGCGGGGCGAGUGGCUGAAGAGAAACCCUAAUUUCCCCAAUUUCAUCAGGGAGAACAAGCCGCGGGUGCUGCUGGUGACCGGAUCUUCCCCCAAGCCAUGUGAGAAUCCGGUCGGCGACCAUUACCUCCUGAAAUCGAUUAAGAACAAGAUCGAUUACUGCCGGCUCCACGGGAUCGAGAUCUUCUACAACAUGGCCCUGCUCGAUGCCGAAAUGGCCGGGUUUUGGGCCAAGCUGCCGUUGAUUAGGAAGCUGCUGCUUUCGCAUCCGGAGGUUGAGUUUCUGUGGUGGAUGGACAGUGAUGCGAUGUUCACCGACAUGGCGUUCGAGCUGCCGUGGGAGAGGUACAAGGAUGUGAAUCUGGUGAUGCACGGCUGGAACGAGAUGGUUUACGAUCAGAAGAACUGGAUUGGGUUGAACACAGGUAGCUUCCUGCUGAGAAAUAAUCAGUGGGCGUUGGAUCUUCUCGACGCCUGGGCGCCCAUGGGGCCUAAAGGGAAGAUUAGGGACGAAGCUGGGAAAAUCCUUACACGGGAGCUGAAAGGAAGACCUGUUUUCGAAGCAGACGAUCAGUCCGCCAUGGUUUAUCUGCUUGCCACGCAGAGGGAUACUUGGGGGAACAAGGUAUAUCUAGAGAGCGGGUACUAUUUGCACGGUUACUGGGGGAUUUUGGUUGAUAAGUACGAGGAAAUGAUCGAGAAUUAUCACCCGGGAUUCGGCGAUCAUCGAUGGCCAUUGGUGACCCAUUUCGUGGGUUGCAAGCCUUGUGGGAAAUUCGGCGAUUACCCGGUGGAGAAAUGCUUGAAGCAGAUGGAUCGUGCCUUCAAUUUCGGUGAUAAUCAGGUUCUGCAGAUAUAUGGGUUCACCCACAAAUCUCUGGCCAGUAGGAGAGUGAAGCGGGUUCGUAACGAGACGGGCAAUCCUCUCGAAGCGAAGGACGAUCUUGGGUUGAUGCACCCUGCUUUUAAAGCUGUGAAGGUCGAUGAUUCUACAAUGUAAUUGCUUCUGUUUGUUCAGCUUGUGGUGGUAGUGGGAUGGCAAGGCAACAGAUCAAAAAGUUUAUUGUAUUCCCUUGUUCACACCUUUUGUGAUUCUUGUUUUGUUAAUUUAGUUCCAUAUCUUUUUUUGGGCCUUCCCCAAGGGGAUGUACCAAAAUUUUGGAAAGAAACAGUGGUGGGGAAAGUGAAAAGAACAGAGAUUUGUCAAUCUUACUGUUUGUUAGAAAGAGCUAUAGUGUAUGUGGAUGAGAUUGUUCCUCUCUGGUGUGUUGGAAAUUUGGAUUGUAGCUGUCUGCAUUUGGCUUAGAAAGGUUUGCUUUACCCUCAGUAGCUAUCAGAUCAGAUUAGUGCUUGGUUGGCCUAGAGAGCUAUAUCUCUACUUGGUGUGCUGCUGAUGUGCAAUUAUGUUGUUAGGCUGAAUGUCUUAUGAGAGUGGUUCUGAAGAGUAUGGAAUACUAGUUCGGUUUUCGGGUUGUUAAGUUCGGUCAGUUACUGAAGGGCAGUUAUUGUUGUUUGAUCUAGUUUGGGAAGGAUGAUCUGGUUGAAGGUCUGACUCUCCUGAGCUGGAGUUUCUUUUGUGUGAACUGGAGCUUGUUAGCCUGGGAGUAUGGAGCACUGGUCUUCGAAACCGUCUUUGUAAUAUACAAGUUUACGAGUCGAGCAGAGGUAGCUCGGAAAUGCAGCCCUCAGCCAUGGCCUUCGAGUUUCAUCGUCAUCAUUGUCUGGCUGUUGGCCGAACUUCCAUACAAAGGAGAGCAAGUAGAUGCAAAGUCUGGUGGAAGGGUUGUUGAUUAGUUUGUUCUGCUCUUCGUAUUUGCAGGCAAGGACGGCUUCCUAUGUUCUUUCAAGCUGGAAUGUUGAUUGCCGAAAGGGUUUGGACAGGGAACCAAACAGUAACUUGAGCUUUACUCCUCUCGCUCAGCUGUUAAACGUUAUCUAGACGUACGUUACUGUCGAAGAAGGUUUGCGGAUUUUGUGGUGAUGAAAAACAGACUUGAUUCUCAAUUUCUCAUUGAUAAUCCUAUCAGCUAAUAUACAUGGCCAGACGAGGGAAAGUAGCAACAGAAGAUAACAGAAAGCUGGGUAAAAUACCUCGAUUAUUUUUAUUUCUAGAAAAUACCUCAGCAGAAUUGUGAGAGCUCCUAUGGUGGUCGAGCUCGCUCCUGGUUCUACGUGAUGCGCGAUAUUUUGGUGUUUGGUGUUUGGAGCAUGGUAUUAAUAAUGUUCGAUUUGAAGGGGAUGCUAAGGUUGUUAUUGAUAAAAUUAACCAGGCGGAUGCUCGGGAUAGCACAAUGGGAGGCGUCCUGGAGGAGGUCAUUCGGCUGGUGUCUGCGCAUCCGGGCUUUAGUAUACGAUUUGUAGGUCGGAGUAGAAAUAGGGUAGCUCACUUGGUGGCUAGAAAGACCCUUUCAUUGUACCCGUCUUCAUGUCGUUUCUUUGAUUUCUCGGUCUGGUUAGAUUCCAGG